GAUAAGUAGCAUAUUGCAAGUUUGGUUGAGCAACAUGUUGACCGGGAGCAAAAAUAUUUUGAAAGAAACGCAGAUAAACCGGGAUGAAGAAGUCUCCUCCGCUGCUUCGAGGGACGGUGUGAUUUUGAAAACCUUUUUACUAGUUACUUGCAUCAAGAUCCUCUUGAUUCCUACUUAUCAUUCCACCGAUUUUGAAGUACAUCGCAAUUGGCUGGCCAUCACGUCCAGUUUACCUGUUAAAGAGUGGUACGUGAAUACACAAUCUCCAUGGACUCUUGAUUAUCCACCCUUGUUUGCAUGGUUUGAGUACUGCCUUAGCCAAAUGGCUGCAUUUUUCGAUCCAGAGAUGGUCAAAGUGGAGAAUUUAAAUUAUGCAUCACCAGCUACUGUAUAUUUCCAAAGAGCGACUGUCAUAUUUGCUGAUCUGAUACUUGCAUAUGGAGUGAGAGAAACAAGUGGGACAUUCUGCAAGUCUUGGAAUGACCAUGCAGUUUUUAUAUUUCUAUCACUGUGUAACAUGGGAUUACUGAUAGUCGACCAUAUACAUUUUCAAUACAAUGGUUUUUUACUUGGAAUUUUGUUGAUAUCAAUGUCAAAAGUUUCAAAGAUUAGAAAAGAGAUGUCAGUGUUGCAAGGUGCCAUAUGGUUUGCUAUUUUGCUCAAUUUAAAACAUUUAUAUGUGUACAUAGCACCAGCAUACAUUGUCUGGUUGCUAAAAUCAUAUUGUCUAAAUAGUGGCAAAUUCUUUAAACGACUAUUUACACUUGGGCUUAUUGUUCUGGCUGUUUUAAUAGCAUCCUUUGGUCCCUUCAUAACUCAAUUAUCACAGGUGAUUUCCCGUUUAUUUCCAUUUAAAAGGGGCUUGGUACAUUCGUACUGGGCUGCAAAUGGUUGGGCUUUAUAUAUUGGUGCAGAAAAAAUGCUGUCUGUGAUAUGGAAACAUUUAGGAUGGUUAAAAGAUGCUAAAUCUGCAAUAAUGACAGGUGGUCUAGUGCAAGAACAGAGCUUUCUUAUAUUACCUACUCCGACCCCUAUUUCUACAUUUUUUUUGACUUUUUUGGCAAUACUUGUAAGUUUUCACAUAUACAAUAUAUAUAUAUAUAUUGUGGUACAAAUAUUUAAUUAA